UGAGGGCGGACGACGAGCGAGGGGGGCGAAGCCGAUUCAUCGCGUCGCGGCCGGCGAGAUCGAUUGGGCGGAGUGGAGCGGGGCGAGGCGGGUGGGCGAUGGACGGGCUGACUGUGUCGGAGGCGGACCUGGUGGUGUACGUCCACCCUUCCAAGGCCAACAAGGUCCGACACGCUGUCCUUCGCCAGCUCAGUUCCCUGCUCUUCACAUAUGAUGAGAUAUUUGAUGGCGUGAUAUUGGCAUAUGAAAUUGAUAUUCCUGGCGAGCAUGCGAAGAUUCUUUCGGGGCUAAUCCCAUAUUUUGAAGUUAAAGUGAAAGCAAAUUUGCUGAUUUUCUCUCCUAGGCCAGACAUGUUAUUAGAAGGCAAAGUUGUCAAGCUGGGAAAGGAAUCCAUUCAUGUGAUUGUAUUGGGGUUUUCUUCAGCUGCCAUAAUGUUGGAAGACAUUCGUGAAGAGUUUAGAUAUAAGAUUAAACAUGGUGCAGGAGUUUUUGCUAGUUCCUCCCACAAGCGGCAUGUUAUUAAAACUGGAAGCAUGAUACGAUUCUUGGUCAAAAGUUUGGAUGAAGAAAUACUUCAUAUAUCUGGAUCGUUGGUUCCACCUCACACUGGAUGCAUCCGAUGGUUGUCCAGACAUGGCGUAGAAGAUGGAUCACAUCCAGACAGAAGUUUGAAGGAGCUGAAGAAGGAUGUUAAGAGGGAGCUGCAAGGAGAAGGCAUCACACAUUCUGCUCGAGGAGAGAAGUUUCUAAAUCAAACUCGCACACACAAGUCCAGAAAACGGGCUCGUGAAUAGAAAUCAGAACUCCGAGGAGCCUCCUUUCUGGUUAGCAACACUGUAGUAUUAACAGCACAAAACCAAAUUGGUUUGAUGAGGAUGUAUUCUGAUUUUUUUGUUUUCGAAUGGAGGAAUAUAUUUACGAAAUGUUAUCAGGCAACUCGACCAAGAGGUUACAAUAGGAGGGGAGAGGGGUGGGGUACGGUUUAUGGUUCUUUGUUCAGUGUGGUAGCAUGGUUUGCAUUCAUUUUUCAUUGUUCGUCUGUUGGCCAUUUUGGAAACUAUGGUAUACAUAUAAAGCUAAUGCAUGCUUUUAUGUACU